AUGCCAGCUAAUCAUUCAAAACGUAAACGAGCUGUUGAAGUACAUAAUAAAAAAGUUACACAACGUGGUAAUGUACCAAAAACAAAUAAACAAGUUGAUUCAAAAACACCUGUUGGUCCAUGGCUUUUGGCUUUAUUUGUUUUCGUUGUAGUUGCAGUUUCUACAACAACAUCGAAAGCUACAGUAACGACAUCAAAACCAACGACUACGUCAAAAAUAACAACAACAUCAAAAACAACAACAACAACACCAAAACCAACGACAACAUCAGCAACAACAACGACAUCAGCAACAACAACGACAUCAAAAUCAACAGCCACAUCAAAAUCAACAGCCACAUCAAAAUCAACAGCCACAUCAAAACCAACAGCUACAUCAACAACGAAAACAACAUCAAAACCAGUGAAAACGUCAAAAGCGACACCAACAUCAACAAAGAAAAAAACACUAACAUUAACAACAAUCUUGAAACCAUCAUCAACAUUGGCUAGCGCUGGACUUGGAAAAAGGUAA